GGUUAGCUAACUAGCAAAAGACGCCUCUGGCUUUCUCAGGACUUCGCCCUUUGUCAGUUCUUUGGUUGGUCGGCCUGCAUCACAGAAAAUACUACCAGAUGGCCACCAUUCUCAAGGGCAAUUAAAUGUGUGAUGGCUUUUCGGUUGUUGAAGUUUGGAGUUAAAGUUGGUGUGGUUGGUGGUGUGGUUUAUUAUACUAUAGAUGAGGGUGUAUGGAGGGAUAGUACACAUACAGCAGAACUUUAUUCAACAAUUUAUACAAAUUUAGCACCAUAUGUAAAGGAAGUGCCUGUUGAGGUACCAGAACUACCAAAGGUAGAUGAAAUCUCUUUCAUGGCAAAGAAUUACUGGAAUAAAGGUGUAAUAGCAUCAUUUAUAUUCCUGAGAAACCUUCCUAAUAAGACAACCGAGUGGAGCAAACAAGGCUAUGAAUAUGUUGCAAAGCAAAUGGAACAGAGUCAGCUGAAAACACCUAAUGCACUAAAGGGCCAGGAAAUUCCAAAAUAAUUAAAGUAAAUGUACUAGUAGUAGCAGCAGUGAAGCUCUAACUUAUAAUAGAUAAGCUAUUCUUACAUAAUGUUAAUAGAAAUAACCAUAUAUGACUGACAUUAUUUUAAUAAAAUGAAUUAUGAAUGUGA